AACGCGUGUUUGCCGCUUGGCUUCUUCGAUUUCAUCGACACAAGAAGAGAGAGAAAAUACGAAAACAAGAUUUACGUUGUUUCGCACACUCACUGUGUUUUUUUCUUCUCGAAUUUCUCGCACUUGUUCAAUCCACCAUUUUUCUCUCUCUCUGAAAUCUCUGCAGGAUGACGGCUCUGUGCAAGACCGUUGUGAUUCCAAGGAGCCCCACAACCCAUUUUUCUUCUGGCUCUUCUUUCAAGUCAGCGCAAGAUGUGGUGUCAACCAAACUGGCCUUCAGUUCAAAGGGCACGAGAUCAUCGGCCCAGAGGAGAGCUCUCACCAUUCAAGCAAGUUAUAGUGAUGGUGGAAGAUCAUCAGGCAGCACGGGCAUCUUUGUCGGUGGCUUUGUUUUAGGUGGAUUAAUCGUCGGCACACUCGGUUGUGUUUAUGCUCCUCAGAUAAGCAAGGCUUUAACUGGAGCCGACAAAAAGGAUCUCAUGAAAAAGCUGCCCAAAUUUAUCUACGACGAAGAAAAGGCUUUAGAGAAGCAACGCAAGAAACUGGCGGAGAAAAUCGAACAGCUCAAUUCUGCUAUUGAUAAUGUGUCCAAUCAGUUGCGAUCGGACGAAGCACCAAAUGGAGCGGCAGUGAGUUCAGAUGACAUUGAAGCUCUCAUUUAAGGUUCUUGAUUUUCAGCAGUUAGACAAUCUUUUAUGUAUUGCCACUUAAUCCAGACGAUAAUCUUUACUGUUCAAAUUCGGGUUUUCGACUUUAAAUAAGUACCUGGAUAAUGUUCGUGAAAAUUUGUGACAAGUUCAAUUUGAAGUGGGAAUUCAACUA